AUGAAGACAACCUUUCUGAAUAUCCUCACGGCGCUUGCCUUUGUCGGGUAUAGCAGCUCUUCACCUGCAACUGGCUUAGACAAGAGGUAUUCGCUUGAAGAUAACGGGAUCAAGUACAAGGUGUUUGAGCACGCCGCCACCGGUUCUCAAACAAAGAUUGUGUCAAACUCUGGAAUAUGUGAGACAACACCUGGUGUCAACCAGCACUCUGGUUAUUUCUCCGUCGGAUCUAGCAUGAACAUGUUCUUUUGGUUCUUUGAGUCUCGCAAAGAUGCCAAAACAGCCCCCCUCGCCCUGUGGCUUAAUGGUGGGCCAGGCUGUAGUUCCAUGAUCGGGCUGUUUCAGGAAAAUGGCCCCUGCACCUUCAAUAAUGGAGGCUCCAAACCAACUUUGAACCCUUACUCAUGGAACAGCUUUGCCAAUAUGUUAUAUGUUGAUCAACCCAUUGGUACCGGUUUCAGCUAUGGUACUGACGAUGCUGUAUCAACUAUUGCAGCUGCUCCUAGAGUUUGGAAUCUUCUUCAAGCUUUCUACGCUCAGUUCCCUGAGUAUGAGAACCGUGAUUUUGGCCUCUUCACUGAAUCCUACGGUGGCCAUUAUGGUCCAGAGUUUGCUUUCUACUUUGAGCAACAGAACGCCGCUAUUGAUGCCGGAACGAUCAAAGGCGAAAAGAUCAACCUUGUGGCCCUUGGCAUUAACAAUGGCUGGAUUGAUCCUGCAAACCAGUACAAGGAUUACAUCGACUAUGCCGCCAACAACACUUACCGGCAACUCAUCACGCCCGCGCAGUACAGCAAAUAUCUGACCACCUACGAGCAAAAGUGUGUGCCUGCAUUCGCCAAAUGUCCAGGGCUUACAGGCAACGAUGCCGCCUGUGGUAACGCGGAUGACGUCUGUAACUCGGCUAUUGAAAGCCCCUUGGAGCAGACAGCAGACUUCGAUGUUUACGAUAUUCGGGCUUCCAGCGAUGACUCCUUCCCCCCCGCAACCUACUCCACUUAUCUUCAGUCAUCAGCUGUGAUGAAGGCUAUUGGUGCCCAGUCAACCUAUGGGGAAUGUCCAUCUGGGCCAUACAACAAGUUUAUCUCCAGUGGCGAUAGGGGCCGGUCGUUCUUGCACACAUUAUCUCAGGUCAUUGAUUCCAAGAUUACAGUUUUGAUCUGGGCUGGUGAUGCUGACUGGAUUUGCAACUGGAUGGGCAAUUACAGGGCGUUAAACUCAAUUGCCCCACAGUCCUUUGUCUCUGCCCCCCUCAAGUCAUUCACUGUUGGUGGAAAGAAAUACGGAGAAUUCAAGACUUCCGGAAACUUGAGUUGGCUGCGGGUCUAUGGAGCUGGUCACGAGGUUCCAGCAUACCAGCCACAGGCUGCACUAGCGGCGUUCAUCUCAACUAUGUCAAAAAAGCCUAUCUCAUCUUCAUGA